AUCACACUGGCAACCGCCAUCUUCAAAAAUCCACUUUCACAAGGGCUCCCACCAAUAACACCUUGUGUUGGGGAUUGGAACAAGCACUGUCGAGCAUGAAAGAAAUUUUCAAGGCGAUAGUGGUUACCACUAUAUAUGGCCUGCUAAUUUCUCAAGUAGAGUCACUGCCGGUAGCAUCACCACAAUUUAACGAUUUUGACUUUACUGGGCUAACCACACUAGGAAGCAAGUUCGGAAACAGAAGAGGAGUAGGAAGUUACUUCGAAACCGCACCGAGACAUGAAACAAAAAUAAAUUUUGAAGAAGAUCCAUACGACCUUAAUUAUGGCUUUGGCGACGAUUUUGGUGCAAAAACGAAAACAAAAACAAAAUUCACAACUGAAGGAGAUUUUGGAGGCGGAAUCAGUUUCACCGGACAAAACAGAAAGAAGUAUCAAGGUCAAGACAAUAAUUUUGAAGGGUACAAUUUUGAAGGAGUAGAAGGAUCUACAUCCGGUAAAUACGAAAGCUCAGUCGAAGCUGGUAGGAAGAGUAAAGCGGUAGGCAAAGGAAAAGUAGAAUAUGACGAAUCUGUUGAAGGCAAAGAAAAAGUAUCAGGGUCAGCAAGCGGGGAAAUUAAAGUGUCCGGAAACGCUGAACUUUCGGUUUCAGCCAGCGGAGAAAUUGACGUAUCUGCAAGCGGAGAUGUCUCAGCAUCUGCAAGUGGCGAUAUUGAUAUUUCAGGAAGCACAGAGCUUUCAGGUUCAGCCAGUGGAGAUCUAGAUUUAUCUGCUAGCGGCGAGAUCUCAGCCUCUGCAAGUGGUGUCAUUGAAGUAUCCGGCAGCGCAGAACUCUCAGCUUCAGCCAGCGGAGAAUUCGAUGUGUCCGGAAGUGCAGAACUUUCAGCUUCUGCAAGUGGUGAAAUUGAUGUAUCUGCAAGCGGAGAUAUUGACAUUUCUGGCAGUGCCGAGAUUUCGGCUUCAGCCAGCGGAGAAUUCGACGUAUCUGCUAGUGAGGAUGUUUCUGCAUCCGCAAGUGGUGACAUUGACAUAUCGGAAAGCGCUGAGUUGUCAGCAAGUGGAGAAAUAUCUGCUUCGGCUAGUGGAGACUUCGACGUGUCAGGCAGUGCAGAACUAUCAGCCUCAGCCAGUGCUGAAAUCGACGUGUCUGGUAGCGCAGAUCUUUCAGCUUCUGCAAGUGGAGAAAUUUCCGCAUCAGUUAGUGGAGACUUUGAAGUAUCCGGCAGCGCAGAAGUCUCGGCGUCUGCAAGUGGAGAGUUUGAUGUUUCCGGAAGUGCAGAAUUUUCUGCUUCUGCAAGUGCAGAAAUAUCGGCCUCAGCAAGUGCUGAAAUAGAUGUAUCAGGAAGCGCAGAACUCUCAGCCAGUGCAAGUGGCGAGUUUGAUGUGUCCGGUAGUGCUGAGCUAUCGGCUUCCGCAAGUGCAGAGUUUUCUGCCUCUGCAAGUGGAGAUAUUGAUGUGUCUGGUAGUGCAGAGCUUUCUGCCUCUGCAAGUGCAGAGUUUUCUGCUUCCGCAAAUGCAGAAUUUGAAGCUUCCGCUAGUGCAGAUGUUGAUGCUUCCGCAAGUGCAGAAUUUGACGCUUCCGCAAGUGCAGAAAUUGACGCUUCCGCAAGUGCAGAGUUUUCUGCCUCUGCAAGUGGAGAUAUUGAUGUGUCUGGUAGUGCAGAGCUUUCUGCCUCUGCAAGUGCAGAGUUUUCUGCUUCCGCAAGUGCAGAGUUUUCUGCUUCCGCAAGUGCAGACAUUGAAGCUUCCGCUAGUGCAGAAAUUGACGCCUCCGCAAGUGCAGAAUUUGACGCUUCUGCAAGUGCAGAUCUUUCAGUUUCUGCUUCUGCAACAGCUUCUGCAAGUGCUGAAUUUGACGCUUCCGCAAGUGCAGAAAUUGACGUUUCCGCAAGUGCAGAAUUUGACGUUUCCGCAAGUGCAGAAUUUGAUGCUUCCGCAAGUGCAGAAUUUGACGCUUCUGCAAGUGCAGAUUUUGACGCUUCUGCAAGUGCAGAUCUUUCAGCUUCUGCAACAGCUUCUGCAAGUGCAGAAUUUGACGCUUCCGCAAGUGCUGAAUUUGACGCUUCCGCAAGUGCAGAAAUUGACGCCUCCGCGAGCGCAGAUUUUGACGCUUCUGCAAGUGCAGAUCUUUCAGCUUCUGCUUCUGCAACUGCUUCUGCAAGUGCAGAGUUUUCUGCCUCCGCAAGUGCAGACUUUGAAGCUUCCGUUAGUGCAGAAAUAGACGCAUCCGCAAGUGCAGAAUUUGACGUUUCCGCUAGUGCAGACUUUGAAGCUUCCGCUAGUGCAGAAUUUGACGUUUCCGCUAGUGCAGAUGUUGAUGCUUCCGCAAGUGCAGAAUUUGAAGCUUCCGCUAGUGCAGAAAUUGACGCCUCCGCAAGUGCAGAAUUUGACGUUUCCGCUAGUGCAGAUGUUGAUGCUUCCGCAAGUGCAGAAUUUGACGCUUCUGCGAGUGCAGGUCUUUCAGCUUCUGCAAGUGCCGAGUUUUCUGCUUCCGCUAGUGCAGAUGUUGAUGCAUCCGCAAGUGCAGAAUUGGAUGCUUCCGCAAGUGCAGAUCUUUCAGCUUCUGCUUCUGCAACAGCUUCUGUAAGUGCAGAGUUUUCUGCUUCCGCAAGUGCAGACUUUGAAGCUUCCGCUAGUGCAGAAUUUGACGCUUCCGCUAGCGCAGAUGUUGAUGCUUCCGCAAGUGCAGAAUUUGACGCUUCUGCAAGUGCAGAAAUUGACGCCUCCGCAAGUGCAGAAUUUGACGCUUCCGCAAGUGCAGAAUUUGACGCUUCCGCAAGUGCAGAAUUUGACGCUUCCGCAAGUGCAGAAUUUGACGCUUCCGCAAGUGCAGAAUUUGACGCUUCCGCAAGUGCAGAAUUUGACGCUUCUGCAAGUGCAGAUCUUUCAGCUUCUGCUUCUGCAACAGCUUCUGCAAGUGCAGAGUUUUCUGCCUCCGCAAGUGCAGAAUUUGACGCUUCCGCAAGUGCAGAAUUUGACGCUUCCGCAAGUGCAGAAUUUGACGCUUCCGCAAGUGCAGAAUUUGACGCUUCCGCAAGUGCAGAAUUUGACGCUUCUGCAAGUGCAGAUCUUUCAGCUUCUGCUUCUGCAACAGCUUCUGCAAGUGCUGAAUUUGACGCUUCCGCAAGUGCAGAAAUUGACGUUUCCGCAAGUGCAGAAUUUGACGCUUCCGCAAGUGCAGAAUUUGAUGCUUCCGCAAGUGCAGAAUUUGACGCUUCUGCAAGUGCAGAUUUUGACGCUUCUGCAAGUGCAGAUCUUUCAGCUUCUGCAAGUGCAGAAUUUGACGCUUCCGCAAGUGCUGAAUUUGACGCUUCCGCAAGUGCAGAAAUUGACGCUUCCGCAAGUGCAGAAUUUGACGCUUCCGCAAGUGCAGAAUUUGACGCUUCCGCAAGUGCAGAAUUUGACGCUUCUGCAAGUGCAGAUCUUUCAGCUUCUGCUUCUGCAACAGCUUCUGCAAGUGCAGAGUUUUCUGCCUCCGCAAGUGCAGAAUUUGACGCUUCCGCAAGUGCAGAAUUUGACGCUUCCGCAAGUGCAGAAUUUGACGCUUCCGCAAGUGCAGAAUUUGACGCUUCUGCAAGUGCAGAUCUUUCAGCUUCUGCUUCUGCAACAGCUUCUGCAAGUGCUGAAUUUGACGCUUCCGCAAGUGCAGAAAUUGACGUUUCCGCAAGUGCAGAAUUUGACGCUUCCGCAAGUGCUGAGUUUGAUGCUUCCGCAAGUGCAGAAUUUGACGCUUCUGCAAGUGCAGAUUUUGACACUUCUGCAAGUGCAGAUCUUUCAGCUUCUGCAAGUGCAGAAUUUGACGCUUCCGCAAGUGCUGAAUUUGACGCUUCCGCAAGUGCAGAAAUUGACGCCUCCGCGAGCGCAGAUUUUGACGCUUCUGCAAGUGCAGAUCUUUCAGCUUCUGCUUCUGCAACUGCUUCUGCAAGUGCAGAGUUUUCUGCCUCCGCAAGUGCAGACUUUGAAGCUUCCGUUAGUGCAGAAAUAGACGCAUCUGCAAGUGCAGAAUUUGACGUUUCCGCUAGUGCAGACUUUGAAGCUUCCGCUAGUGCAGAAUUUGACGCCUCCGCAAGUGCAGAAUUUGACGUUUCCGCUAGUGCAGAUGUUGAUGCUUCCGCAAGUGCAGAAUUUGACGCUUCUGCGAGUGCAGGUCUUUCAGCUUCUGCAAGUGCCGAGUUUUCUGCUUCCGCUAGUGCAGAUGUUGAUGCAUCCGCAAGUGCAGAAUUGGAUGCUUCCGCAAGUGCAGAUCUUUCAGCUUCUGCUUCUGCAACAGCUUCUGUAAGUGCAGAGUUUUCUGCAUCCGCAAGUGCAGAGUUUUCUGCUUCCGCAAGUGCAGACUUUGAAGCUUCCGCUAGUGCAGAAUUUGACGCUUCCGCUAGCGCAGAUGUUGAUGCUUCCGCAAGUGCAGAAUUUGACGCUUCUGCAAGUGCAGAAAUUGACGCCUCCGCAAGUGCAGAAUUUGACGCUUCCGCAAGUGCAGAAUUUGACGCUUCCGCAAGUGCAGAAUUUGACGCUUCCGCAAGUGCAGAAUUUGACGCUUCCGCAAGUGCAGAAUUUGACGCGUCAGCAAGUGCAGAAUUUGACGCUUCCGCAAGUGCAGAAUUUGACGUUUCCGCAAGUGCAGAAAUUGACGUUUCCGCAAGUGCAGAAUUUGACGCUUCCGCAAGUGCAGAAUUUGAUGCUUCCGCAAGUGCAGAAUUUGACGCUUCUGCAAGUGCAGAAUUUGACGCUUCUGCAAGUGCAGAUUUUGACGCUUCUGCAAGUGCAGAUUUUGACGCUUCUGCAAGUGCAGAUCUUUCAGCUUCUGCAACAGCUUCUGCAAGUGCAGAAUUUGACGCUUCCGCAAGUGCUGAAUUUGACGCUUCCGCAAGUGCAAAAAUUGACGCCUCCGCGAGCGCAGAUUUUGACGCUUCUGCAAGUGCAGAUCUUUCAGCUUCUGCUUCUGCAACUGCUUCUGCAAGUGCAGAGUUUUCUGCCUCCGCAAGUGCAGACUUUGAAGCUUCCGUUAGUGCAGAAAUAGACGCAUCCGCAAGUGCAGAAUUUGACGUUUCCGCUAGUGCAGACUUUGAAGCUUCCGCUAGUGCAGAAUUUGACGUUUCCGCUAGUGCAGAUGUUGAUGCUUCCGCAAGUGCAGAAUUUGAAGCUUCCGCUAGUGCAGAAAUUGACGCCUCCGCAAGUGCAGAAUUUGACGUUUCCGCUAGUGCAGAUGUUGAUGCUUCCGCAAGUGCAGAAUUUGACGCUUCUGCGAGUGCAGGUCUUUCAGCUUCUGCAAGUGCCGAGUUUUCUGCUUCCGCUAGUGCAGAUGUUGAUGCAUCCGCAAGUGCAGAAUUGGAUGCUUCCGCAAGUGCAGAUCUUUCAGCUUCUGCUUCUGCAACAGCUUCUGUAAGUGCAGAGUUUUCUGCAUCCGCAAGUGCAGAGUUUUCUGCUUCCGCAAGUGCAGACUUUGAAGCUUCCGCUAGUGCAGAAUUUGACGCUUCCGCUAGCGCAGAAAUUGACGCCUCCGCAAGUGCAGAAUUUGACGCUUCCGCAAGUGCAGAAUUUGACGCUUCCGCAAGUGCAGAAUUUGACGCUUCCGCAAGUGCAGAAUUUGACGCUUCCGCAAGUGCAGAAUUUGACGCGUCAGCAAGUGCAGAAUUUGACGCUUCCGCAAGUGCAGAACUUGACGUUUCCGCAAGUGCAGAAAUUGACGUUUCCGCAAGUGCAGAAAUUGACGUUUCCGCAAGUGCAGAAUUUGACGCUUCCGCAAGUGCAGAAUUUGAUGCUUCCGCAAGUGCAGAAUUUGACGCUUCUGCAAGUGCAGAAUUUGACGCUUCUGCAAGUGCAGAUUUUGACGCUUCUGCAAGUGCAGAUUUUGACGCUUCUGCAAGUGCAGAUCUUUCAGCUUCUGCAACAGCUUCUGCAAGUGCAGAAUUUGACGCUUCCGCAAGUGCUGAAUUUGACGCUUCCGCAAGUGCAAAAAUUGACGCCUCCGCGAGCGCAGAUUUUGACGCUUCUGCAAGUGCAGAUCUUUCAGCUUCUGCUUCUGCAACUGCUUCUGCAAGUGCAGAGUUUUCUGCCUCCGCAAGUGCAGACUUUGAAGCUUCCGUUAGUGCAGAAAUAGACGCAUCCGCAAGUGCAGAAUUUGACGCUUCCGCUAGUGCAGACUUUGAAGCUUCCGCUAGUGCAGAAUUUGACGUUUCCGCUAGUGCAGAUGUUGAUGCUUCCGCAAGUGCAGAAUUUGAAGCUUCCGCUAGUGCAGAAAUUGACGCCUCCGCAAGUGCAGAAUUUGACGUUUCCGCUAGUGCAGAUGUUAGUGCUUCCGCAAGUGCAGAAUUUGACGCUUCUGCGAGUGCAGGGCUUUCAGCUUCUGCAAGUGCUGAGUUUUCUGCUUCCGCUAGUGCAGAUGUUGAUGCAUCCGCAAGUGCAGAAUUGGAUGCUUCCGCAAGUGCAGAUCUUUCAGCUUCUGCUUCUGCAACAGCUUCUGUAAGUGCAGAGUUUUCUGCUUCCGCAAGUGCAGAGUUUUCUGCUUCCGCAAGUGCAGACUUUGAAGCUUCCGCUAGUGCAGAAUUUGACGCUUCCGCUAGCGCAGAUGUUGAUGCUUCCGCAAGUGCAGAAUUUGACGCUUCUGCAAGUGCAGAAAUUGACGCCUCCGCAAGUGCAGAAUUUGACGCUUCCGCAAGUGCAGAAUUUGACGCUUCCGCAAGUGCAGAAUUUGACGCUUCCGCAAGUGCAGAAUUCGACGCGUCAGCAAGUGCCGAAUUUGACGCUUCCGCAAGUGCAGAAUUUGACGCUUCUGCAAGUGCAGAUCUUUCAGCUUCUGCUUCUGCAACAGCUUCUGCAAGUGCAGAGUUUUCUGCCUCCGCAAGUGCAGACUUUGAAGCUUCCGUUAGUGCAGAAAUAGACGCAUCCGCAAGUGCAGAAUUUGACGUUUCCGCUAGUGCAGACUUUGAAGCUUCCGCUAGUGCAGAAAUAGACGCAUCCGCAAGUGCAGAAUUCGACGUUUCCGCUAGUGCAGAUGUUGAUGCUUCCGCAAGUGCAGAAUUGGACGCUUCCGCAAGUGCAGAUCUUUCAGCUUCUGCUUCUGCAACAGCUUCUGCAAGUGCAGAAUUUGACGCUUCCGCAAGUGCAGAAAUUGGCGCUUCCGCAAGUGCAGAAUUUGACGCUUCCGCAAGUGCCGAAUUUGACGCUUCUGCAAGUGCAGAUCUUUCAGCUUCUGCUUCUGCAACAGCUUCUGCAAGUGCAGAGUUUUCUGCAUCCGCAAGUGCAGACUUUAAAGCUUCUGCUAGUGCAGAAAUUGACGCCUCCGCAAGUGCAGAAUUCGACGCUUCCGCUAGUGCAGAUGUUGAUGCUUCCGCAAGUGCAGAAUUUGACGUUUCCGCAAGUGCAGAUCUUUCAGCUUCUGCUUCUGCAACAGUUUCUGCAAGUGCAGAAUUUGACGCUUCCGCAAGUGCAGAAAUUGACGCUUCCGCAAGUGCAGAAUUUGACGCUUCCGCAAGUGCAGAAUUUGAUGCUUCCGCAAGUGCAGAAUUUGACGCUUCUGCAAGUGCAGAAUUUGACGCUUCUGCAAGUGCAGAAUUUGACGCUUCCGCAAGUGCAGAAUUUGACGCUUCCGCAAGUGCGGAAUUUGACGCUUCCGCAAGUGCAGAAUUUGACGCUUCCGCAAGUGCAGAAUUUGACGCUUCCGCAAGUGCAGAAUUUGACGCUUCCGCUAGUGCAGAUGUUGAUGCUUCCGCAAGUGCAGAAUUUGGAGCUUCCGCAAGUGCAGAUCUUUCAGCUUCGGCUUCUGCAACAGCAUCUGCAAGUGCGGAAUUUGACGCUUCCGCAAGUGCAGAUCUUUCAGCUUCUGCGUCUGCAACAGCUUCUGCAAGUGCAGAAUUUGACGCUUCCGCAAGUGCAGAAUUUGACGCUUCCGCAAGUGCAGAAUUUGACGCUUCCGCAAGUGCAGAAUUUGACGCUUCCGCUAGUGCAGAUUUUGAUGCUUCCGCAAGUGCAAAAUUUGACGCUUCCGCAAGUGCAGAAUUUGACGCUUCCGCAAGUGCAGAAAUUGACGCUUCCGCAAGUGUAGAUCUUUCAGCUUCUGCUUCUGCAACAGCUUCUGCAAGUGCAGAAUUUGACGCUUCUGCUUCUGCAAGAGCUUCUGCAAGUGCAGAAUUUGACGCUUCCGCAAGUGCAAAAUUUGACGCUUCUGCAAGUGCAGACCUUUCAGCUUCUGCUUCUGCAACAGCUUCUGCAAGUGCAGAAUUCGACGCUUCCGCAAGUGCAGAAUUUGACGCUUCUGCAAGUGCAGAUCUUUCAGCUUCUGCUUCUGCAACAGCGUCUGCAAGUGCAGAAUUUGACGCUUCCGCAAGUGCGGAAUUUGAUGCUUCUGCAAGUGCAGAUCUUUCAGCUUCUGCUUCUGCAACAGCGUCUGCAAGUGCAGAAUUUGACGCUUCCGCAAGUGCGGAAUUUGAUGCUUCUGCAAGUGCAGAUCUUUCAGCUUCUGCUUCUGCAACAGCGUCUGCAAGUGCAGAAUUUGACGCUUCCGCAAGUGCGGAAUUUGAUGCUUCUGCAAGUGCAGAUCUUUCAGCUUCUGUAAGUGCCGAUUUUGACGCUUCCGCAAGUGCGGAAAUUGACGCUUCCGCAAGUGCAGAAUUUGAAGCCUCCGCAAGUGCAGAAUUUGACGCUUCCGCUAGUGCAGAUGUUGAUGCUUCCGCAAGUGCAGAAAUUGACGCUUCCGCAAGUGCAGAUCUUUCAGCUUCUGCUUCUGCAACAGCUUCUGCAAGUGCAGAAUUUGACGCUUCCGCAAGUGCAGAAAUUGAAGCUUCCGCAAGUGCAGAAUUUGACGCUUCCGCUAGUGCAGAUGCUGAUGCUUCUGCAAGUGCAGAACUUGACGCUUCCGCAAGUGCAGAAUUUGACGCUUCCGCAAGUGCAGAAUUUGACGCUUCCGCAAGUGCAGAUCUUUCAGCUUCUGCUUCUGCAACAGUUUCUGCAAGUGCAGAAUUUGACGCUUCCGCAAGUGCAGAUCUUUCAGCUUCUGCUUCUGCAACAGCCUCUGCCAGCGCCGAGUUUGACGCUUCCGCAAGUGCCGAGUUUGACGCUUCCGCAAGUGCAGAAUUUGACGCCUCCGCAAGUGCAGAAUUUGACGCUUCUGCAAGUGCAGAUCUUUCAGCUUCUGCUUCUGCAACAGCUUCUGCAAGUGCGGAGUUUGACGCUUCCGCAAGUGCCGAGUUUGAUGCUUCCGCAAGUGCAGAAUUUGACGUCUCCGCAAGUGCAGAAUUUGACGCUUCUGCAAGUGCAGAUCUUUCAGCUUCUGCUUCAGCAACAGCUUCUGCAAGUGCAGAAUUUGACGUUUCCGCUAGUGCAGAUCUUUCGGCUUCUGCAACAGCUUCUGCAAGUGCAGAAUUUGACGCUUCAGCAAGUGCAGAAAUUGACGCUUCCGCUAGUGCAGAUAUUGAUGCUUCCGCAAGUGCAGAGUUUGACGCUUCCGCAAGUGCAGAAUUUGACGCUUCCGCAAGUGCAGAAUUAGACGCUUCCGCAAGUGCAGAAUUUGACGCUUCUGUAAGUGCAGAUCUUUCAGCUUCAGCUUCUGCAACAGCUUCUGCAAGUGCAGAAUUUGACGCUUCAGCAAGUGCAGAUGUUGAUGCUUCCGCAAGUGCAGAAUUUGACGCUUCCGCAAGUGCAGAAUUUGACGCUUCUGCAAGUGCAGAAGUAGACGCUUCCGCUAGUGCAGAAUUUGACGCCUCUGCAAGUGCAGAUCUUUCAGCUUCUGCUUCUGCAGCAGCUUCUGCAAGUGCAGAAUUUGACGCUUCUGCAAGCGCAGAUCUUUCAGCUUCUGCUUCUGCAACAGCUUCUGCAAGUGCAGAAUUUGAUGCUUCCGCAAGUGCUGAAAUUGAUGCUUCCGCUAGUGCAGAUGUUGAUGCUUCCGCAAGUGCAGAAUUUGACGCUUCCGCAAGUGCAGAAAUUGAUGCUUCCGCAAGUGCAGAAUUUGACGCUUCCGCAAGUGCAGAUCUUUCAGCUUCUGCUUCUGCAACAGCUUCUGCAAGUGCAGAAUUUGACGCUUCUGCAAGUGCAGAUGCUUCUGCUUCUGCAACAGCUUCUGCAAGUGCAGAAAUUGACGCUUCUGCAAGUGCUGAUCUUUCAGCUUCUGCAACAGCCUCUGCAAGCGCCGAGUUUGACGCUUCCGCAAGUGCCGAGUUUGACGCUUCCGCAAGUGCAGAAUUUGACGCUUCAGCAAGUGGAGAAAUUGACGCUUCUGCUAGUGCAGAUAUUGAUGCUUCCGCAAGUGCAGAGUUUGACGCUUCCGCAAGUGCAGAAUUCGACGCUUCCGCAAGUGCAGAAUUAGACGCUUCCGCUAGUGCAGAUGUUGAUGCUUCCGCAAGUGCAGAUCUUUCAGCUUCUGCUUCUGCAACAGCUUCUGCAAGUGCGGAGUUUGACGCUUCCGCAAGUGCCGAGGUUGAUGCUUCCGCAAGUGCAGAAUUUGACGUCUCCGCAAGUGCAGAAUUUGACGCUUCUGCAAGUGCAGAUCUUUCAGCUUCUGCUUCUGCAGCAGCUUCUGCAAGUGCAGAAUUUGACGCUUCUGCUUCUGCAACAGCUUCUGCAAGCGCAGAAUUUGACGCUUCCGCAAGUGUUGACCUUUCCGCUUCUGCAACAGCUUCUGCAAGUGCUGAAUUUGACGUUUCCGCAAGUGCAGAAAUUGACGCUUCCGCUAGUGCAGAUGUUGAUGUUUCCGCAAGUGCAGAAUAUGCUUCUGCUUCUGCAAGCGCAGACUUUGACGCUUCCGCAAGUGCAGAAUUUGACGCUUCCGCAAGUGCAGAUCUUUCAGCUUCUGCUUCUGCAGCAGCUUCUGCAAGUGCAGAUGCUUCUGCUUCUGCAACAGCUUCUGCAAAAUUUGACGCUUCCGCAAGUGCAGAUCUUUCAGCUUCUGCUUCUGCAACAGCUUCCGCAAGUGCAAACUUUGACGCUUCCGCAAGUGCAGAAAUUGACGCUUCCGCAAGUGCAGAUGCUUCUGCUUCUGCUUCUGCAACAGCUUCCGCAAGUGCAGACUUUGACGCUUCCGCAAGUGCAGACUUUGACGCUUCCGCAAGUGCAGAGCUUUCAGCUUCUGCUUCUGCAGCAGCUUCUGCAAAAUUUGACGCUUCCGCAAGUGCAGAUGCUUCUGGUUCUGCAACAGCUUCUGCAAAUGCUUCUGCUUCUGCAACAGCUUCUGCAAGUGCAGAAUUUGACGCUUCCGCAAGUGCAGAUGCUUCUGCUUCUGCUUCUGCAACAGCUUCUGCAAAUCUUUCAGCUUCUGCUUCUGCAGCAGCUUCUGCAAGUGCAGAUGCUUCUGCUUCUGCGACAGCUUCUGCAAACUUUGACGCUUCCGCAAGUGCAGAAAUUGACGCUUCCGCUAGUGCAGAUGUUGAUGCUUCCGCAAGUGCAAAAUUUGACGCCUCUGCAAGUGCAGAUGCUUCUGCUUCUGCAACAGCUUCUGCAAAUUUUGACGCUUCCGCAAGUGCAGAAUUUGACGCUUCCGCAAGUGCAGAUCUUUCAGCUUCAGCUUCUGCAGCAGCUUCUGCAAGUGCAGAUGCUUCUGCUUCUGCAAGUGCAGACUUUGACGCUUCCGCAAACUUUGACGCUUCCGCAAGUGCAGAUCUUUCAGCUUCUGCUUCUGCAGCAGCGUCUGCAAGUGCAGAUGCUUCUGCUUCUGCAACAGCUUCUGCAAGUGCAGAAUUUGACGCUUCCGCAAGUGCAGAUCUUUCAGCUUCUGCUUCUGCAGCAGCUUCUGCAAAUCUUUCAGCUUCUGCUUCUGCAGCAGCUUCUGCAAGUGCAGAUGCUUCUGCUUCUGCAACAGCUUCUGCAACUUCGCUGCAGCUUCUGCAAGCAGAAUUUGACGCUUCCGCAAGUGCAGAUGCUUCUGCUUCUGCAACAGCUUCUGCAAGUGCAGAAUUGGACGCUUCCGCAAGUGCAGAUGCUUCUGCCUCUGCAACAGCUUCUGCAAGUGCAGACUUUGACGCUUCCGCAAGUGCAGAUCUUUCAGCUUCUGCUUCUGCAGCAGCGUCUGCAAGUGCAGAUGCUUCUGCUUCUGCAACAGCUUCUGCAAGUGCAGAAUUUGACGCUUCCGCAAGUGCAGAUCUUUCAGCUUCUGCUUCUGCAGCAGCUUCUGCAAGUGCAGAAUUUGACGCUUCCGCAAGUGCAGAUGCGUCUGCUUCUGCAACAGCUUCUGCAAGUGCAGACUUUGACGCUUCCGCAAGUGCAGAAUUUGACGCUUCCGCAAGUGCAGAUCUUUCAGCUUCUGCUUCUGCCGCAGCUUCUGCAAGUGCAGAUGCUACUGCUUCUGCAACAGCUUCUGCAAGUGCAGAAUUUGACGCUUCUGCAAGUGCAGAUCUUUCAGCUUCUGCUUCUGCAGCAGCUUCUGCAAGUGCAGAAUUUGACGCUUCCGCAAGUGCAGAUGCUUCUGCUUCUGCAACAGCUUCCGCAAGUGCAGAAAUUGACGCUUCCGGAAGUGCAGAUCUUUCAGCUUCUGCUUCUGCAGCAGCGUCUGCAAGUGCAGAUGCUUCUGCUUCUGCAACAGCUUCUGCAAGUGCAGACUUUGACGCUUCCGCAAGUGCAGAAUUUGACGCUUCCGCAAGUGCAGAUCUUUCAGCUUCUGCUUCUGCAGCAGCUUCUGCAAGUGCAGAUGCUUCUGCUUCUGCAACAGCUUCUGCAAGUGCAGAAUUUGACGCUUCCGCAAGUGCAGAUCUUUCAGCUUCUGCUUCUGCAACAGCUUCUGCAAGUGCAGAGUUUGACGCUUCCGCAAGUGCAGAUGCUUCUGCUUCUGCAGCAGCUUCUGCAAGUGCAGAUGCUUCUGCUUCUGCAACAGCUUCUGCAAGUGCAGAAUUUGACGCUUCCGCAAGUGCAGAUGCUUCUGCUUCUGCAAGUGCAGACUUUGACGCUUCCGCAAGUGCAGAUGCCUCUGCUUCUGCUUCUGCAACAGCUUCUGCAAGUGCAGACUUUGACGCUUCCGCAAGUGCAGAAAUUGACGCUUCCGCAAGUGCAGAUCUUACAGCUUCUGCUUCUGCAGGAGCUUCUGCAAGUGCAGAUGCUUCUGCUUCUGCAACAGCUUCUGCAAGUGCAGAAUUUGACGCUUCUGCAAGUGCAGAUGCUUCUGCUUCUGCAACAGCUUCUGCAAGUGCAGAAAUUGACGCUUCCGCAAGUGCAGAUGCUUCUGCUUCUGCUUCUGCAACAGUUUCUGCAAGUGCAGAAUUUGACGCUUCAGCAAGUGCAGCUGCUUCAGCCAGCGGUGAGAUUGAUGUUUCUGCCAGCGCAGCAGCUUCAGCAAGUGCAGAAUUCGAUGUUUCUGGUAGUGCAGGAGCUUCAGCCAGCGCUGAGAUUGAUGCUUCAGCUCGUGCAGAAUUUGGUGCUACUGCUGAUUUUGAUGCUUCUUUUGAUGUGGAAGGCGGAAUUUCGUUGGAAUUCUUCAGGCGGAGAAAAAGAAGUGCGGCAGCAUCUGGAGAAUUCGGAGCGUUUGCCGCAUUUGAAUUAGGUGCCGCAGCAAGUAUAGAUUUCGGUGCGUCUGCUUCUGCCGAGAUCGGAGCAUCUGGUUCUGCCGAGGUAGGAGCAUCUGCUUCGGCCGAGAUAGGAGCAUCUGCGUCUGCCGAAAUCGGAGCAUCUGCGUCUGCCGAAAUCGGAGCAUCUGCUUCUGCCGAGAUUGGAGCAUCUGCUUCGGUUGAUGUUGGAGCAUCAGCAUCUGCCGAAGUCGGAGCAUCUGCAUCUGCCGAGAUCGGAGCAUCUGCCUCUGCCGAAAUCGGAGUAUCUGCCUCUGCCGAAAUCGGAGCAUCUGCCUCUGCCGAAAUCGGAGCAUCUGCUUCUGCCGAGAUUGGAGCAUCUGCAUCUGCCGAGGUGGGAGCAUCUGCGUCUGCCGAGAUCGGCGCUUCUGCUUCUGCUGAGAUUGGAGCAUCUGCGUCUGCCGAGAUUGGAGCAUCAGCCUCUGCCGAGAUCGGAGCUUCUGCUUCUGCUGAGAUUGGAGCAUCAGCCUCUGCGGAGAUUGAAGCUUCUGCUUCGGCUGAGAUCGGAGCAUCUGCUUCUGCUGAAUUGGGCGCAUCUGCGUCUGCCGAGAUUGGAGCAUCUGCAUCUGCCGAGGUCGGAGCAUCUGCAUCUGCCGAGAUCGGAGCUUCUGCUUCUGCCGAGAUUGGAGCAUCUGCGUCUGCCGAGAUUGGAGCAUCUGCUUCGGCCGAGGUUGGAGCAUCUGCAUCUGCCGAAAUCGGAGCAUCUGCUUCUGCGGAGAUCGGAGCAUCUGCUUCUGCCGAGAUUGGAGCAUCAGCCUCUGCGGAGAUUGGAGCUUCUGCUUCGGCUGAGAUCGGAGCAUCUGCUUCUGCCGAAUUCAGCGCAUCUGCUUCUGCCGAGAUUGGAGCAUCUGCAUCUGCCGAGGUCGGAGCAUCUGCAUCUGCCGAGAUCGGAGCUUCUGCUUCUGCCGAGAUUGGAGCAUCAGCCUCUGCCGAGAUCGGAGCUUCUGCUUCUGCUGAGAUUGGAGCAUCUGCGUCUGCCGAGAUAGGAGCUUCUGCGUCUGCCGAGAUUGGAGCAUCAGCCUCUGCGGAGAUUGGAGCUUCUGCUUCGGCCGAGAUCGGAGCAUCUGCUUCCGCCGAGGUUGGAGCAUCUGCAUCUGCCGAGAUCGGAGCUUCUGCUUCUGCCGAGGUUGGAGCAUCUGCGUCUGCCGAGAUCGGAGCUUCUGCUUCUGCGGAGAUUGGAGCAUCAGCGUCAGCUGAGGUCAGUGCAUCCGCGUCUGCCGAAUUCAGCGCAUCAGCGUCAGCUGAGAUUGAAGCAUCUGCUUCUGCGGAAAUCGGAGCAUCUGCUUCUGCCGAGAUUGGAGCAUCCGCUUCCGCCGAAAUCGGAGCGUCAGCUUCAGCUGAAAUAGGAGCAUCUGCGUCUGCCGAGAUCGGAGCAUCUUGCUUCCGCUGAGGUUGGAGCAUCUGCAUCUGCUGAGAUUGGCGCUUCUGCUUCUGCCGAGAUAGGUGCAUCUGCAUCUGCCGAGAUCGGAGCAUCUGCUUCUGCGGAGAUUGGAGCAUCUGCUUCUGCGGAGAUUGGAGCAUCUGCUUCCG